UCUAGCAGGCGGACCACCGCUACACCUGUAGUAUCACUUUCAAGGGCACGUCGCUUGGAUUAAAAAAAAAGAAAAAAGUCAAAUCAAAUCCGUCAAAUAUGACCGAAGCUACUUGGAAACAGAGCGCCGGUGCGACAUAGACGCAUAUGGUUCAGGACAAAAGGGGUCUUGCUCGAAAUUACGAUGCAUCUCACAGCGGUGGUCUUAAUUCUGCUCGUGACACGCAUCGCCAAAGGUUGGGAAUGCAGCGCAGGGUGCAACACAGAAAAUGGGUUUUGUGAGAAGCCAGGGAAGUGCAGGUGCAAACCAGGGUGGCAAGGGGACAACUGCGACCAGUGCGUUCCCUUCCCCGGCUGCCUGCACGGCACAUGUGAGAAAGCCUGGCAGUGUAUCUGCGAGGAGGGCUGGGUGGGCAGCCUGUGUGACAAAGAUACUCGGCUGUGCUCAUCCAGGCCUUGUGCUGGUAAUGCCACCUGCAUAGAGACGGGAGAGGGGGGAUACCUAUGCAUCUGUCCCCAUGGCUACGCUGGUGAAAACUGCCACCUGAAGAGAGGAGUCUGUCUCACAAACGGCUCUCCUUGUCAGAACGGAGGCACAUGUACAGAUACGGAUGGCUCAGCAGCUGAUUCUUCCUGUCUAUGUCCCCCUGGGUUUUCUGGAGACUUCUGUGAAAUCAGUGUUGACAGCUGCAAACCUAACCCCUGUCUAAACGGUGGCAACUGUACAAACCACGGCCUGGCCUUCACGUGUAUCUGUCCGCACGGUUUCACUGGUUUCACUUGUAAUGACACCGCCAGCCUCUCUCCCUGUGCAGGCAGGCCAUGCGCCACUGGGGGCACGUGUGUCGGUCAACCUGAUGGCACGUUCAGGUGUGUUUGCCAGAAAUGGUUUACAGGUCCCACAUGUUCGCAGCAGCAGCACAGACCGAAGGCCAGGUCCAAACCAGUCGGUGCCAGACCUGUGGAACACAGAGUUUUCGCGCUGAGCCCACAGCACUACUCCCUCCCUGCUCACGCCUUCCACAAGCUCCUCAGACCGCCUGAGAGAGACCUGCUCAAGAUCACCCUGAAGGAGACAGUCCACUCCCCCGGUGUCCUGGUCAGCCACGGUCAGCUCAUCUGCUUCGGCAUGCUGGCCCUGUUAACCUGCCUGGUCAUCCUGGGCACUACAGGCAUUGUGUUUUUUGGCCGGUGUGAGACGUGGCUGGCUAACGCAAAGUACAGCCAGCUUGUUCGGCAGCAAAGGGAACACCUGCUCAAAGAGGCAGGAAGCGCGAGCCAGGAGGAGCCGGAGCAUUCAGUAAACAUCAUUCUGCCGGAGAAGAUUAGACUCACCAGCUUUGGGAGACACUACACCUCCAUCUGAUUAAAUCGUCUCUCCCUCUUUCCCCUCUCCCUCUGGAAGGAGUUUAAUUAUAUGAAUGUCUAAAAAUAGCGAUGAAUAAAAUACUAUGACUGUUGUACAGUUGUGUUUAUACAGUGAGAGAUACUGGACAACCUUAAAAUAUAUGUGAAUGUAUAGUCUACUGGAUUAAGUGGACAAAUAUGACACUGAAUUGUAAAUGUACUUUUAUGAUUUCAUGACAUGCAUACAAUUAUAAACCAAAUAGCACCUUGAUGGCUGGUAAAAAGAUGUCAUUGUGUAGUGUUUCCUAAGCUCAUUUCUGACUUUAAAAUGCUCUGUUAUGAGUUUAUUUGGAAUACAGUAAUGGGUUUUAAUAUUAGAAAAUGAGAUAUUAAGUUUAUUAAUGAUAGCCG